AUGGCUGAUGAUUCUAAUGAAACCCCACUGGAGGAACCAGCAGGAGGAAGUAUAGAAGGAAAUGAAGCUUCAGAAGAAACUCCACAAAAUGAACAAGGGGCUCAGGAGACUGAAUUACCCAAGCAGGUCACCAAAAUGCCAGCUGAUGUGCUAGCAGGUGAUGCAGAAUCCAUGGACAUUUUGGAAACGGAGACCCAGGCCCCAACAACCACAGCAGACAAUUUCUCAGUGGACGUUGCCACCCCUGAGACACAAGAGAACGAACUGAGCAUCAUAAGUCCACAUGAACCGGUGGCUGAUGUCACUGAAGGUCCAUCAGAGGAAAGAGAAGAAACUGCAGCAAUAACAGGAACAUUAGAAGAUAUUGGACAAGAUGAACAGCAGGUACCCACAGAGCCGCAAUGGGAGAGCGAGGCUCCUACUAGACUACCAAGCUCCACCAAGGUGGAGCAGGACAUGCAGCAAAUAGGCCAAGAGGCACAAGAGAGUGACCAGAAAAAUCUGAGGGACAAAGAGAGUUUAGCAGAUCAGGAAAGCCGGAGCAUAGAAGCAGGUGCUGAAAUGAGCCAAGAAGAGACAGGAUCCGUAGAAGCACCAAUCACUGCCAGCUCAGCUCCAGCCGAGGAGGAGUCACUAGUGUCUUCAGCCACCCCUGGCUUGUUGUUUGAAGAGGAUGAGCACAUCAAAACACAUCCAAUUAGUUUGUCUUGGGCAUUUGGUUACAAUAGCCACCUCCCUGUUUACAGCCUACUUGAUGAAGAGCACAGGGUGAUCCUAUACGUUUCCUCUCACACUGCUGUGAUCCACGACAUACUCAGAAACCGGCAAUAUCAUCUACAGGGUCACUCUAAUUCUAUUUCUUGUCUAUGUGUAAGUGAAGAUAGGCGAUGGAUUGCAACAGCUGACCAGGGACCUGAUAAUCUAAUCAUUGUGUGGGAUGCCUUCUCAGGGAUUCCCGUGCAUACGAUAUUUGAUAGUCACCCAGAAGAUGGGGUUGGUGCUAUUGCUAUUUCCCAGGAUGCUAAGUAUUUGGUAACACUUGGUGCUGGCAAAAUACAGAGAGUUUGCAUUUGGAAGUGGACUUCACCUGAAGAGAAAUCUAUGUGUAGUGUAGAAUUGCAACCUGCAUUUGGUUAUCAGAACUACAUUGUUUUCAAUCCAAAAAAUCACAAGGAACUAGUCAGCAACAGUAAAACUCAAGUGAUAUUUUAUCUAUGGGAUAGUACCGGUUUGCAGUACAGCGCUCCUCAUUUAACUGACAGAACUUUCAACAAGAUGGUGGGACUCUUUAGUCAGUCAGUUUUUCAUUUUGGCAAUUUGCAAGCUCUCACGGCCACAUCAGGAGGGAAGCUGGUGGUGUGGGACGCAGUCUGCCCACCGUCCAUGCCUGCCAGCUUGUGUGUAAAACCACAUAAUAGGAAGGCUAUUAAGCUGAUGUAUGUGCAGAAAGAUGCCCUCACUGUGCUUACUGCAUCUGACAGCUAUUUUGUAACUUGUGAUGUCAAAGGUCACAUUAAAUUCUAUGAUGGCCAGCUGCAGCUUGUGAACUGGUACAGCCACUUUAAACUGGGACCCAUCCAAUCCAUUUCCUUUUCCAAAAACCCUCCCAGUCUUGCCAGCAACAACUCAGACUACUCCAGUUCUUGUACUAUACAUGGUCAACCAUUUAUUAUCAGGAAUUUUAUUCUCUCCACGUUGGACGCGACAGUGCUUCACAUUACAGCAGAGGGGACAAAACUGGAAAAAUUAAUGGAGGAGGCCAAGGAAGCUGUUAAUGCCAUUGCUUGCCACCCUAGCCAGCCUCUCAUUGCCAUAGGAAGUCACUGUGGGCUGCUAAAGGUGUGGGACUAUAUGCAGACAAAGUAUCUCAUUAGCCGAAUCUUUAUGGGGGCCAGUAUUCAGUGCCUCUCCUAUGACCCUGAAGGUUCUUUUCUGGCGGCUGGUUUUACUGAUGGAACCGUUUACAUCCUUGAUUCUAUUUCAUUAGAAGAUGAUUGCAAAGAGUUCAAAUACUCAAGAGGCCCAGUAACUCAAAUAAGCUUCUCUCAUGAUUCCCAGUAUCUUGCAACUGCUGAUGAAAAAUAUACAGUGACUGUUUACAAAAGAAUACUGAAAAAUGGUGAAAGAUGCUGGGAGCAUCUAGCAGGGCUUCAUUCACAUUAUAAACCAAUUCGAAGUAUACUAUUUGGAGUCCUUUUAGACAGCGAUCAACCAAGGCUCUUAAGCCUUGGGGAGGACAGGCUGUUGGUGGAGUAUGAUCUAGGCAGCAGCAGUAAAGAAUACCUGGCAGUCCUGCGAAGAGACCGCAUUGAACAGAACGCGGUCCCAAUGUGUUUGGCCUGGUACCCUCCCUUCACUCCAGAAGCUUUUAUUCUCACUGCCAAUAAUCGGUACAAAAUGAAGUUGUAUAAUGCUACGACUAAAAUGUGCAGAAAGACACUUCUGGGGCCAACCUAUGGGUCACCUCUUGAGAAGAUACAAAUCCUUCCAGCAGCAAACAGUCAGGAUCCACAGAAACAAUAUCUGGCCUAUAUUACAAAAGAUAAGGUUGGCCUGCAGAUUUUGCCCGUUGAUGGUAACCCCCACAAGUCCUCGGCUUUCAUUUGCCAUCCAGGAGGUGUCUCCAACCUUGCUAGUUCCUACGAUGGAUGCCAUGUCUUUACAGCAGGGGGGAACGACUGCAUUGUGAUGAAAUGGGAAAUUAAUGUAAACGCUUUGGAGGCUGCUGUUUCUCUGGGCGGUGAGGAUUUGAUCCCAUUCUACAACCUUUUGGAUGGCGGCAGAGAUGGUGAAUUCUUCAGGGAACUGGAGGACUAUUUUUACUAUGCACAGCUGCGCAGUCAGGGUAUUGAUGCAAUGGAGACCAGACAGGUGUCAACACAUAUUCCCUUGGAGGAAGUUCCAUUUGUAAUGAGAGCAAUGGGGUUUUAUCCGUCAGAGGAAAAGAUUGAAGACAUGAUAAAUGAAGUCAAAUUUAGUGAGUACGUGCACACUGGAAAACAAGUUACAAAUAUCAAUUUAGGGGAUUUUAUCAAACUUUAUAUAAAUCAUCGACCAGCAUUUGGCCUGUCAAUAAAAGAAAUACAAAAUACCUUCCAAGUUCUUGGUUAUGAUACUGAGAAUGGAGAAAUCGUUAUCAACAGAGAAGACUUACUGCAACAACUUCAGCGCAGAGGGGAGCAUAUGACAGAGGAGGAGCUGGCAGAGUGUCUUACCACCCUGUUGGGCAUGAAUCCAGAGGGUGGGAGAUCUGAGCUGGGCAUCUAUGAUCCCUCAGGUGCAGCAGCUUUGAUGGAAGAAGAAAUUCCUGAGGAAAUCACAGCAGAGAUAUUUACUGCUGAUAUUCUUGGCUUACCUACUUCUGAACCAGAUGAAACUGAGACAGAAAAAAAUUAUGAACUCACAAGUAGCAUAGAGUCAGCAGAGUCAUAA